AUGCCUGAAGCACAAAAACAUACCCCACGCUCCAUCCUGGAGAAAUUCUACGAUGCAGAGCGUAUCUACAUGUCAGCCCCCGCGGACAAGCGAGACUUCAGCGGCAUCGCAGCCACCCUGAGCCCUGAUUAUCGACUCUUACAAACACCCGCCCUGCCGUAUGCGGGCGAGUACAUUGGCCCAGAGGGCUUGGAGAGAUGGGCGAAGGCGAUGGCAGACUACUUCUCGGUUGUGGAUGUCAAGAAGCCAGAAAUCUUUGAAAGCGAGGGGUCCAACCGGAUUGUAGUCUACUCCACCGUCCACUUCCAGGUCCGGGCUACUGGGGAGGAGGUGGAUUACCCGUUCUGCCAGGUUGUCACUGUGGAUUUGGAGAAGGGUGUGAUGACGGAGAUGCUGCCGUUCUAUUGGGAUGUCGCGGGGGUGAACCGCUUGCUCGGGUACACCCCCCAGAAUUGA